AUGCCUAGGAAUGAUGACGAUAGUGAAUCGCAGCUUCCUAGGGCUUCAUCCCAUGAGAGCCAUCGCCUAGAGCCCGAACUAGACGACACACUGAGCGAAGUCGUCAUGGCCAUCGAUUUACAGCAAAAAGACACCGUGGGUUGCUGCUACUACGUAGCGCGGGAGGAGAGGCUCUAUUUCACGGAAGACAUAAAGCUCGGAGGACUCGCCGUCAUCGACGCUCUAAGAGUCUAUAUUGACCCGACAGUUGUUCUUGUGUCAACCAAGAUAGACGAUACUGUCAUUGAGACGCUUGAAAAUCUCGCAGAGGAUCGAUUCUCACUUCCGUUUCUUUUGGAAGUCCGUCCACCCAGCGAAUUCUCUUUCGAUGCUGCAAAGGGAAAGCUGGCUACGUUGAGGAUUGAAGAUGACGUCGUGCCGCAAAUGAACUUCGUGGUACCGGGAGAUAUGAAUUUACUGGGCGAAGGAAGCUUAGAGAAUGCAUCCGGUCACCAAGGCAGGCUCCUCCGUCUUGCCGGCUUGGUCGAUAUGGAUAGUCGGUUAACGGUUGGCUGUGCCGGUGCGCUGCUAUCUUACCUGCAACGGCGGUGUGCGGCUGCUUAUCUUCCUGGAGAUGAAGCAGCGCAUGAAAUGUUCCGCAUCUCAUCGCUAGAGAUGUUCACUCUGAAGGAAACCAUGCUCAUCAACGCUGACACUCUUAACUCGCUCCAAAUCAUGGAAAAUGAGUCUCAUCCCAACACGCAUAAUCAAGGUCCCAGUAAGGCACCGUCAGGAUCCAAAGAAGGUUUAACAAUCUUUGGUCUGUUCCACCAUCUGGCUCAUACACCGCAAGGGAAACACCUCUUACGACAAUCCUUCCUACGUCCCUGCUUGAAUCUCAAUACAAUCCGUGAGCGACAUGAUACGAUACAAACGUUCCUACGUCCUGAGAAUUCGGCUCCUUUUGAUACGAUUGUUACCAGCCUCAAGUCCACUGGAAACAUGCGUACGACUCUAAUUAGCCUAAGGAAGGGGAUCUCUGCUAGAAGUGGGAAGAACGGCAAGGGUACUUCGAGCAGUCUCUGGCUAAGCAUCCGACGGUUUGUGUUCCAUGCGCUCAAAAUCAAGGAGUCCUUUCAAGAUGUGCUCGGUGGUGAACGGCUGGCCAUCAAAGACAAGCUGCUCGAGAAGUUUGAAGGAUACCACCUGGCACAGAUUGGCAGAAAGAUCAACGACAUAGUAGACUUUGAUAAGUCUGCUGAGGAAUCUCGGACUGUCAUAUUGGAAGGGGUAGACGAGGAACUCGAUAACGUGAAGCGUACGUUUGCGGGUCUGGAUGAUCUACUCGGUCAGAUUGCACGUAAUUUGUCCGAGAAACUUCCUGCAAACUUCCAAGGCUCGCUGAAUGUUCUUUACUUCCCCCAGAUUGGUUUCCUCAUCACUGUCCCACUCGACCCAACAACAGGCGAAGCUGUAUACGAUGGUAGCUUUGACAAUCCUUGGGAACGUAUGUUCUCAACCGAAGAUCAAAUCUACUUCAAGAACAGCCAAAUGCGAGAAAUGGAUGGACAUUUUGGCGAUCUGUACGGCAUUAUAUCAGACCGGGAAAUUGAGAUCAGUCACGAACUCGCACAGUACGUGCUAGAAUACGAGAAACUACUUAUGGCCGCAUCAGACAUUUGUGGUGAGUUGGAUUGCGUGCUCGCUCUGUCACAAGGGGCUCGACUGUACAAUUUGUGUCGUCCCAGAGUCUCGAACGACAACGCCAUUUCCAUUGAAGGUGGUCGACACAUGCUCCAAGAGCUUAGUGUCUCGUCAUUUGUACCCAACAAUACCAGCCUGGUUGGGGCUACCAAUUUUGAUACAGUGGAUGAUGACAGCAUGUUUGAUAGCUCGCCUGAGCAUCACGCACACGCUCGCCAGUCGGGACCAAGUAUGCUGAUUCUUACCGGUCCCAACUACUCUGGGAAGAGCGUUUACCUGAAGCAGGUGGCGUUGAUAGUGUACAUGGCUCACAUUGGCAGCUAUGUUCCAGCGGAAAGUGCAAAGAUCGGCCUAACAGACAAAGUACUUUGCCGCGUUACAACUCGCGAAUCCGUAUCCCGAGCACAGAGCACUUUCAUGAUUGACCUUCAACAGAUUUCGCAAGCAUUGAGUCUAGCUACACCGAGGAGCCUUUUAAUUAUUGACGAAUUCGGGAAAGGGACGGACACAAGUGACGGUGCCGGAUUAGCUUGUGCUGUGUUCAACCACCUCGUCGGUUUAGGCAGGAAUAGGCCGAAAGUCAUUGCAGCUACUCAUUUUCAUGAGAUCUUUGAGAACGGGCUGCUUAAAGCAAGCCCAUCGCUCGCGCUCGCGCACAUGCAGGUGCAGAUCGACGAACAGACCUCUGAGCUAGACGAUCAAAUCACGUACCUAUACAAUUGUGCUGCCAUGAACGGUGUUCCAAAGGAGAUCAUUGAGCGUGCAGAUCAGCUGAUAGAGAUGACUCUAAAGGGGCAAGACCUGAUUGCCGCCUGCUCAAUCAUGCCGCAAUCCGAAGCUUUAGAGCUAGAGGAAGCAGAACAUAUUGCACGAGACUUUUUGGAGGCAGACAUCUUCACUGAUCCCAAAAGGGCAUUAAGCGACAUACUUACCGUGUCUGGUACAACCGAGUCUCCGGCUUCAAACAGACAGUAA